CGUCGAUUUUGUUUACAUGAGUAGGAAGCUAAGCUCCGUUAGCCAACAGUAACGUUUCCACUCAGCUAACCUUACCGGUUGCAGACAUGGGGAAGUCGUUCGCUAAUUUUAUGUGUAAGAAGGAUUUUCACCCUGCGUCGAAGUCAAAUAUCAAAAAGGUAUGGAUCGCAGAACAGAAACUCACUUUCGAGAAGAAGAAGCAAGAAGACCUCAUGCAGGCAUAUCUGAAAGAGCAAGACACUUACAACAACAGGCUUUUAAUGGGAGAUGACCGUGUUAAAAAUGGCCUGAAUUUCAUGUAUGAGGCUCCACCUGGAGCAUCCAAAGAGGAAAAGAAAGAGGGUGAAGGGGAAGAUGAGUACAAAUUUGAGUGGCAGAAGGUGGCUCCUCGAGAGAAGUAUGCAAAGGAUGACAUGAAUAUUAGAGAUCAGCCAUUUGGAAUCCAGGUGCGCAACGUGAGAUGCAUCAAAUGUCACAAAUGGGGGCAUGUGAACACAGACAGAGAGUGCCCUCUGUAUGGAUUAUCGGGUAUCAACGCCAGCUCGAUGGCAUCUGAAGAGGCAGCAGGUCCGUCGAUGCACCCCUCGGAGUUAAUGGCGGAGAUGCGAAACAGUGGGUUUGCCCUGAAAAAAUGUGUCCUUGGUAGGAAUUCUACUGUUUGUGAUCCAUCACAGGAUUAUGUUGCCAGUGAAGAAGAGGAAGAUCCCGAGGUGGAAUUUCUGAAAUCAUUAACGACCAAACAAAAACAGAAACUCCUCAGAAAACUCGAUCGGCUAGAGAAGCAGAAGGCCAAGAAAAAGAAGAGCAAGAAGCAGAAGAAGAAAAGCAAAAGAAAACACAAGAAAAAGCAUGAAAGUAGUGACAGCUCAAGUGACUCCUCCAAUAGCAGCAGCAGUAGCAGUGACAGUGGCUCAGAUUCAGACAGCCAUAGCAAGUCCAAGAGCCAAAAGAGAAAGAAGAACAAGAAAAAAGAUUCCUGUCGGGAUAACAGCUCUGAGAGCGAGCGUCAAGUCAAGAGUCAGAGAAAGGCCUCUUCUCACAGGAGCAGGUCACGCAGCCCUCACGCUGGACAGAAGCGACCUAAAGAGGAGUCUGGAGAUUAUAGACAAACAAAGACAGAGAGGGGAACGAGCAGGAGUCGAAAUCGCAGCCCUGAGCUCAAGAUCAAGCUGGAGGGAGGUCAAGAGAGAAAGAGGCCCAGCAGCAGGGACAGGCAGAGACCUAGCAGCUCCAGGUCUGGCUUGGACAGAAGUAGAAGCCGUGAGAGAGGCAGGGAGGACCGAGGUAAAGACAGACAUCACAGUAGAGACAGAGAGAGGAACAGAAGUAGCACAGAAGGAAGGAAAGGCAGAACAGCAGAUGGGAGGAGUAGAAGCAGAGAAAGGAGAAAAGACAGGGAGGGCAGGAGAAGAAGUAGGAGCAGGAGCCAAGACAGAACAAAAAGAAAACACUGACUUUUUUUUUUCUUCGGUUUAGCGUUGUCUCCGGUCUUACAAUACCGAGCAAAAAGUGGAAAUGUUAUGCAUGUUUCUUGCAAAGUAGUAUUUCUGGUAAACCUAUAGGGUCCCUGUAUUUAAAAAUUAAAUAGCAGACGUUGUGCGCGGCUCUCCUUUUCCUCCAGUAGAGGGAAGCAGUAGCCUAAAUAUAUCCAGACAGAGCUCAUGCUUCUGAUGCUGUUUUGUACUGUAUGAAAGGCUCUAAAUUAAUUGAUUGCCAUUGGAAGCAAUUUGCAGCUGAUCCGUUGAUGGGAAAAUGUUGGACUCAUUUUCAUGGUGAGACAAGUUCCGUUGCUGCUGUUUUUUUAAAUUUUUUAUCUUGCUUUCAUGAUGGAGUCUUUUUUUGGGAAACUGGCAUAGUAAGCUGUAAUUCUUGGACGGCUGUUGAUUCCUGAAAAAAAUUAGAACUUUCGUUCUCUGAUUAAAAAUUUAAAUCUCUCA